CAUUCUGUGGCACACAUGUGUUUGAAAGCAAGAGUGAAAAGGAAGCAUUAUCCGUUUAGUAGGAUAACUUGGGAUAACUAGCAGAUUCGGAUACUUCGGCCAAGUGCAGAUCUUAAGCGGAUUUUGAGGGCCGUUUUAAACUGAUUUCUAAGUUUGAUCCGUGUACAUGACAUAAAAAUGAAGCGAAUCGCAGUUAUUGGUGCUGGGUCCGCCGGAUUAGCAGCUGCCAAAGCAUGCAAGGAAGAGGGUUUAGAUUUUGUGAUCUUUGAGAGGUCUGGGAGAGUAGCUGGACUUUGGAAUUAUCGAGAGGAAGACAUUGAUGGACUGGCCUGUGUAAUGAAGACAACUGUUAUCAACUCUAGUAAAGAGAUGAGCGCUUUUAGCGAUUUUCCACCACCAAAGGAUUUCCCAAAUUACAUGCACAAUAGGAUGAUGUGCAAAUAUUUUCAUAUGUAUGCUGAAAAGUUCGGCCUGCUGGAUAAGAUCCGUUAUUAUCAGGAAGUUACAAAAGUAGAGCAAGCACCCGACUACGAGGAAACGGGAAGAUGGAUCUUAAAAGCCGAAAACACGAAUGAUAAAACCAUCACAGAAGAAACGUUUGACGGCGUUAUGAUCUGUACAGGACAUCAUGGAUAUCCACACAUUCCAAAAUUUCCUGGACAAGAAGAUUUUAAAGGAAAAAUUAUACAUACACAUUCUUUGCGAGUGCCGGAUGCUUUCAAAGACCAGAGAGUAAUGAUUGUUGGAGUUGGAAAUUCUGGCCUAGAUGCCGCAGUGGACAUCAGCAACGUUGCUAAACAGGUUUACUUAAGCACUCGAAGAGGUACAUGGAUUAUGUUCAGAUUAGGAUCAUAUGGUCUUCCGGCUGACACUCAGUUCCUCACCCGCUCCUUUGAUUUUAUAAAAUCAGUAUGUGGCAUGUCAGUUGCCAAUUCUUACGUCGAACGUUACCUUGACAGCAAAUUUAACCAUGAGAUAUACAACUUAAGACCGAAGCACCGAUAUUUUGCUCAGCAUCUUGCUAUAAAUGAUCACCUUCCCAAUAAGAUACUCAGCGGAACCAUUAUCGUCAAAGGAGAUGUUGACAGGUUCUCUGAGAAAGGUGUAAUAUUUAAAGGAGAAGAAAACGUUACAAAGAUUGAUGCUGCUGUUCUGGCAACAGGCUAUAAAAUUAAAUAUCCUUUCUUGAGCAAUAAAAUACUAGACACAAGCAACAACAAAGCGAAUCUAUACAAGCUUAUGUUUCCACCUUCUCUUAAGCAUCCAACCCUAGCGAUAAUCGGACUUAUUCAACCCUUUGGAUCGUUGUUUCCAAUCUUUGAAAUCCAGUCUCGAUGGUAUGCCCAGUUAAUGAAUGGGAAAGUGGAACUGCCGGAUAAAGAAACAAUGAUAAAAGAUAUAGAGAAACGAAAUAUGGAAUUAUCAAAAAGGUACGUUGGAACACAAAGGCAUACUGUUCAAGUCGACUACAUAGCUUAUAUGGAUGAAAUAGCUUCUCAGUUCGGCGCUAAACCUAAUCUUUUCAAGAUGGCGACAAAAGAUCCAUUGUUGUUCUAUCACUGCUUUUUCGGACCAUGUACUCCGUACCAGUAUCGACUGGAAGGUCCUCAUGCUUGGCCAGAAGCUCGUCAAACCAUUUUGACUACUAAAGAACGGAUCAUAAAACCCUUAAACACACGUAACGGAAAACUCACAGGCGAUUACAUGAGAAAAUAUCUGAUAAUAUGGGUUAUAUCCUUCCUUAUUCUUUGCGCUGCUUUAUUUUUUAUUUAUGUUUUUAAUUAAAAAAUCUGAAUUUCCUGCCUAUUACUCAAAUAUUUUUAAACACGUCAUGUUAUUAAUGAAGUGAAAAAUAUCAAAGUAAAUACUGUAUCCUUUAACGGUGUUUAUUCUGUUAGUUACUAUGAGCAUUGUGUUUGUUGUAAAACAUUGUAAUAUUUGUCCAUUAUUUGUAAAUAAAUGAGCAUAUUGUGAUCUUGA